AUGGUUAAUACUCCUCCUGGUUCUGUUCAUGGUAAUACUCCUCCUGCUUCUGUUCAUGGUAAUACUCCUCCUGCUUUUGUGCAUAAUGAUUCUGAUAAUGAGACUGAUUUUGAAAUAACCAGGAUUAGUAAGCUUGAUUUUGGAGAUCCUUUGUAUUUGCAUGCUAGUGAUACUACUGGUACACCUUUGAUUGGUUUUAAACUUCUUGGAACUGAGAAUUAUAAAGUAUGGGCUUGUGCAAUUGAAUUGGCAUUGGAAACUAAGAAUAAAACUGGAUUUAUUGAUGGCUCUUGUCUUAAAAAUUAUGAUAAUCCUGUUUUAGCUAAACAAUGGGAUAGAUGCAAUGCAGUGGUUUUGAAUUGGAUUCUAGGGUGUGUGUCUCAAGAGUUAUAUCUAGGCCAAAUUUACUCUAAAAAUGCUUCUAUUGUAUGGCAAGAACUUAAAGACACUUAUGAUAAAGUUGAUGGAUCUGUUACAUUUAAUCUGUAUCAAAAGAUUAAUUCUCUUUCUCAAAAUGGUUCUUCUUUGUCUGAAUAUUAUCAUAAAUUGACUGCAUUCUGGAAACAAUUUGAUGUUAUGAUUCAUUUACCUGCUUGUUCUUGUGCUGCUACAAGUGAAAUUCAACAACAUGUUGAUCUUAUGAAGUUAAUGCAGUUUUUAAUGGGAUUAGAUGACUCUUAUAUAACUGUCAGAUCUAAUAUACUCAUGAAAGAUCCUUUGCCAACUGUUAAAACUGCUUAUAAUAUAUGUUCUAGAGAAGAAUCUCAUAGAGGGGGGAUGGGUGAUAAAUUUGUUUCUUCUUCUUCUUCUUCUUCUUCUUCUGCUUUCAUUGCUAAGUCAAAUUUUAACAGAAAUUCUGGUUUUAAAGGAAAUAAGAAUUCUUUUGAUAACAGGAAAACCUUUGAUAAUAACUUUGAAUCCAGAAAAACUUUUGACUUUAAUCAAAGAAUUUUGAGACCACCUAAUCCUAAUCUUCAUUGUACUCACUGUAAUAAGAUUGGUCAUACUAUUGACAGGUGUUUUAUUCUAAAAAACAAAAAUUCUUCUAAUCAAUUUAAUAAUGGGAGAUUCUCUAAUAAUAAUAUUCAGAUUGAUAAAUCUGAUUCUGGUACUAAAUCUUGUGAUUCCUCUAAUGUUCUUACUUCUGAUCAAGUGGCUAGGCUACUUAGUUUAUUAGACAACAAAUCUGGAUCUUCUUCUAGUCUGCAAGCUAAUAUGGCAGGUAUGCCAUUGUGUAGCAACUCUUGGUUUUUAAGUUGUAAUAGUUUUCUGUUUAAUGCUAUCAUUAAGUGGAUUAUUGAUAGUGGUGCAAAUCAACAUAUGACUAUGUCUGCUAAAAACCUUACUAAUGUAGUUGAUAUUUCUGAUUUGCAACUAAAAAUUGGUCAUCCUAAUGGUACUUGUGCUAUUGUCAAACAAAUUGGAAAUCUUCAUCUUAAAAAUGGCAUUAUCUUGUUUGAUGUUUUGGUUGUUCCUGAAUACAAUGUAAAUUUGAUGUAUGUACAUAAACUUGAUAGAGACAACAAUCUGUUCGUAGGGUUUGAUCCUAGUACUUGUUAUAUUCGGGAUUCACUUCAAAAGAGUGUUCUGGGGACUGGUAGUGAACAAGGUGGUUUAUAUGUUUAUGAUGAUCUUCCUCUUCCUUCUUCUUCUUCUUCUGUUGUGUGA